GUGUCGUUGGGCGGGUGGAGAUGGUGUUGCUGUUGGUGAUGUGGCAUUAACUGGAGAAGCCACAUGACACACGGCAAUAUUUGUUCUAUUAACAGAGAUUGCAACAGUUGCCAUAUCUUUGAAAUAUUCCUGUGAAGACAGAAACAUCAGUCAUGCAUGAUGAAGAGGACACCACCAUUUUAUUAAACAGCUGUGAAGACACUUUAGAGGAGUCGGUUGAGCACUGCGGGCCGAGUCUUAACAGCGUCGACUCGGCGGACGCCGCGCCGGCCGCCGACCGGCCGUCCGCCGGCGGCGCGUCCGGCCUGGUGGCGGCCGCCUCGCUGGUGGCGGCCACAGGCGGCCUGCUCUUCGGUUACGAUGUGGGCGUAAUCAGCGGCGCGCAGCUGCAGCUGCAGCGCCAGCUGGGCCUCAGCUGCACAGACCGCGAGGCCGUCGUCAGCUGCAUGAUGGCCGGCGCCCUGCUGGCGUCGGCGGUGGGUGGUAUCAUCGUUGAUUCCGCCGGUCGCAAGGUCACCAUCAUCGUCAAUGCUAUCCUUUUUAUCAUCGGUGCAACAAUCCUCGCUUCCGCAAACAGCAUCACCAUCAUUCUGCUGGGCAGGGUGGUGGUAGGCUUCGCUGUCUCCCUAUCGGCCAUUAGCGAAUGCAUCUACAUAUCGGAAAUAGCGCCGGCGCACCGACGCGGCAUGCUCGUCUCCCUCAACGAGGCGGCCAUCACCCUCGGCUUCCUCCUCGCCUUCCUCGCCGGCUACGUCUUCGUCGACACCGACGGCGGCUGGCGGUUCAUGUUCGGUCUGGCCGUGGUGCCGGCCGUGUUCCAGGCGGUCGGCAUGCUCUUUCUGCCGCGCACGCCGCACUUCCUCCUGCUGAAGCGGCAGGAGGAGAAGGCGCGCCGCGUCCUGCAGCGUCUGACAGGCGCGGAGGACGUGCGUCAGCGUCUGACCCACAUCCGGCUGGCGGUGGACGAGCAGCGCGAGGCCCGCUGCGCCGACAUCUGCGCCAUGCAGCACAACAUGGGCGACCGCAUGUUCAUCGGCAUGGGGCUGGUGUUCUUCCAGCAGUUCACCGGGCAGCCGAACGUGCUCAACUACGCGCCGACCAUCCUGCAGAUGGUCGGCUUCUGUGGCGACGCCGCCUCCACCAUGGCCACUGUGGGACUCGGGGUCGUCAAGAUGGUGUCGACGGUGGUGGCGCUGCUGUUGGUGGACCGGGCCGGCCGGCGCUCGUUCCUGCUGGUCGGCAGCCUGCUGAUGGCCGUCUGUCUGGUGGGCCUGGCCGUCACUACGUCCGUGCAGGAGGUGGGCCUGCCGGCGGGCGCCGUCUGCACGCCGCCCGAGCCGCCGGCCGAGCCGCUGCCCACGCCGCUGCCGCUGCGCGCGCCGGCGCUGAACGUGUCGGCCGGGGCGCCGGCCACCGCCGGGCCCAAGCCGCCAUCGGCCGGCAACGGGACGUGCGGCGACGCCGGGCUGGCCCACCCGUACCUGCCAUACCUGGCGCUCGGCUCGCUUAUGGGCUACGUGGCGGCGUACGCGUUCGGCUUCGGGCCCAUGACGUGGCUGGUGCUGAGCGAGAUCUUCCCGCCGGCGAUCCGCGGCCGCGCCGUGGCCGUGGCCACGUCGCUCAACUGGCUCUCCAACAUGGUCAUCUCGGCCACCUUCCUGCAGGCUGUCGAGCUGAUGAGCGCCAGUGGCACCUUCACCGGCUACGCCGCCCUGUGCGUGCUGUCCGCCAUGUUCGUCUUCUUCGUGGUGCCGGAGACCCGCGGCCGCACCCUGCACGAGAUCUCGGAGGACCUCAGCAAAAAGACGUUGGACGCGCGUGCUCGCUCGCGUCUGCGCCGCCUGCUCUGCAUCAAGAAGCGCAGCCGGGCCGACCAGCGGUACGACAUGGUGGCAGUGGCCGAGGAGGCCUACACCGUGCUGGCCCCGAGCAACGAGGCGUUCGAUCGCGUCAAGCUGACGCCUGGCUUCUCCGGCCGCGACCACAUCGUCAACGUGCUUCGAAACCACAUCAUCCUGGGCGAGGUGGUGACUGAGGAACGCCUGAAGCAGCUGAAGGAGGGUAGCCAGCUCAAGCUGAACACGCUGCUCGGCACAACGGCCGUCUUCACCACCGGGCAGGUACGUCACAAGAUCUCUGUCGACAGGGCAGGGCGUCUCUAUGUAAACAAAAUCGAGAUCAUCGGCGACAUCUUGGAGAUCACCAACGCCAGCAUCGUACGCACCGCCGACUACAUCCCGCUGCCGGACACCCUGCGGCCGUCUGCCGAACCGGACGUUGCUGAGUCACCGAUAGAUGGCAGCGGCGACACUGAGCCGGGUGACCUCACCGCCAGUGAGACGGCCUCGCUGCCGCUGCUGAAUGAGGUAGGCGAGCUGUCGGACCCGGAGCCGGGGCUGGCGGUGGCUCACGCGGUCGACCCGGUCGGCCACGAGUUCGCCACCAACAACCAGCGGGUGAAGAUCCCAGCCGUCGGCAAAGACAGCUUCGUCGAGGCUGUGGAGGACGCGCUCAGUCUGCUCCGCUCCGGUGUCGGCGAGUUCCAGGGCUACUUCUACGACGCCAACAUCACCUCCAUGUUCAGCAAAGACAAGGAGUACACGCUCUUCCUCCCAGUAAACGAAGCGUUCCAGAGGUUUUACCCGAUCGACUGGGGCUUCAACCCCUUCCUGGUCAAGGAGUUUACCCGAGAAACGAUUAUGAACCACUUUGCGCCGGGAAAGCUCACCAGCAAGGAUAUCAAGGAUGGACUCAGGAUCAAGACCAUGGGCGGCAAGGAGCUUAAGUUCAAAAAAGUCCCAGAAAACAUCCUGGUGAAUGGCAACCCGCUGUUCCUGGGCGACACGCCCAUCUCGCACGGCAACAUCCUCUUCCUGGAUGAGCUGCUCUUCGUCGACUAUGACGUGGUCGCCGAACUGCGGCUGCAGCACAGAGACAAGGAGACGGCGCCCCUGGUGGCCGGAGUGGCCGGAGAGGCACUCUUUCUGGCGCAUCUGAUCGGAGAACUGACGCACCGAGAAAACUCAGGAAGUGAUGCCACCUUCAACAAGUUCAUUGACUACCUGUACCGGAGCUUCGACGACAUUGUAACAAGCGUCUCGAAUGACUACAAGUACACGUUCCUGGCGCUGGACGACAGCGCCGUGGCGGCGGCGCUGGGUGCGGCCGGCGGGGACCCGCUGCUGGCCGAUUCGGCACUGCGCGACCAGCUGCUGCUGUCGCACCUCGUCCCCGAGCGGCUGUACCAGCACGACCUGCGCGACGGCUUCACCACCCAGACACUCGGCGGGCAGACGAUGAAGGUCCAGGUCAAGGACGGCGAGACCUUCAUCAACGGCGCACGCCUGCUGCCGCGGCAGGAGCACGUCUACAACCUUGGCAACGUACUCUUCCUCGAGUCGUUCCCGUUCAUCAGCGCGGACGAGCUGCGCCAGCGGGCGGCGCAGGCCGGCGCCGCCGAGCCGGAGGGCUCGGGCGCGGCGCCGGGCGGGCUCGGCAGCCGGUUCGAGAACGUCGAGUCGUUCGCCGGUGAGCAAGGCUCGCCCGACGGCGUCAUCCGCGAGGACGGGCCGCUGCGCGUGACGUCGCUCGAGCCGGCGCGGCCCGAGAUCUGAGGCGCCCCGGCGCGGGACGAGCCCCGGCGCGGCCCGAGGUGGGGCUCCUGCCACCGAGUGCGGCCGCAGCGGGCAAGCGAACGCGUGCGCGGAGUGAGGCCCGCGGGAGGUCUGGCCGUGGCCGUGCGGCUGCCGGGACUUGACUGCAGUGUGCGUCGGUGAUGUGCCUCUCGCGCAAGGUGCGUGGCCUGUAGCGCGAGGCGGGAGCCGGACGGCGCCAGAAGACGCGUCGGCGGCGGGGCAGAGGUGGGGAGAUGCAGGCACGUUAUGCGUCAGGACUUAGCUGUUACCCAGGCCCGUGUGCUGACGGCACUUUGGAACCUGUGAACUGAGUACAGCCCAGAUCGCAGUGAGUGUUCAUGUUAAGCUACGUGGCCCGAUGUGUUACGUAACUCUUAGUACCUAUGUUGGGAUAAAAUGAGCGAUUGCGUUGAGCCCCGCUGUGUAAGCGUGUUGCGGUUGGGCAACUUAAGUGAUUGUGGGGUCCAAGUGUUUCUUUUACACGCCAUUGAUAAUAAGUAUUUGUUCACUCGUUGUUACGUGUAACGUACAUAUCGCUUUAUAAAUAAAUUAACAUACAGUG